AUGAACAAGUAUUUUGGAGGGAGAAGGGUAACAUACGCUGACCUGGAGAAGCAGAUGUUGGCAAUGAAAUCAAAGCCAUCUGAGGAUCGUAAGAAGAUGGCCGUUCUGUUCUUCUUAGCCAGCAUCCUUGUCGGAGGCCGAAAGAGUGGUGAGGGAGCAUCACCUGUGGACAGUUUCUUCCUGCGUGUUGUUGAUGACCUAGAUGUGUGUGUAACGUUCCCUUGGGGGCGGUAUGCAUUCGAACAUAAUUUGAAGGAUGUCUCUAGCUUUUUGGAGAAAUGCGACGGGGUUGCGCCGACGAGUUGGGUUUUUACAAGCUUUCCUAUCCCUCUGGAGUUGUUGGCCUUUGAGGCAAUUCCAAGCUUGAGGAACCAUUUCCGAGAAGAUGUGUAUGGUGCAAGCAUAGGUUGCCCGCAGAUGUGCAAGAUGCAGUACAAACGGAAAAGUGGAACCAAGAAAUUCAGUCUGAAAGCUGUGAACAAUAAACUUGGUAAUAAUACAAAGGAUAUUGAGAGUAUCUUGGUAGCAACAACAGCUGAGGAGGAACUUCUGGAAACCAUAGGAAUGGACAAGGAGAGUUGUUGGGCCGAUGACGCCGAUGAUGCAGCAGUUGAUCGUUGGACGAAGAUAAUACGGAAAGGGAAGAAACAAGUUUUUUUUGAAGAACAGUUCCGCAUGGAUUUUGAGUCUCGCACAGGUCAGAUUGAAGGUCCCACCAAUCCUAUCGGAGGACCAUCGAAUAAUGCACAAUCUGGUCAGGCUCAUGCAGAUUCGGUGGAGGCUACUGGAGCUACUCCUGGAGCUGAGGCUUUAAAAGCGAUGGAAGGUCGGCUUAUGAAUGCAGUCCGAGAUGCAGUUCGAGAUGCUAUGAAGGGAGUGAAGGAAAAAGUCACUUCAUUGUCUACGCAGCUAGGUCUUCUAGAAGAGAAGGUGAAAAGUCUUAGGUUGAGUGGUCCCGGAAGUGACAAUCCGGCGGUCCAAGAUGAUGGUGAUGGUAGUGACAAUAGCGAGUCGGAAGAAGAGGAUGGUGAUAUGGGUGGGGAUAAGGAGUCGGAGGAAGAGGAUGGUGGUGACAAUAACGAGCCAGACGAAGAGGAUGGUAGUGACAAUGAUGUUGAAGAUGCCAUUGUCGAUAUUUCAAAGGAUGUGCAUAGGGAAUAUGGUGAUGUUGACAUGGAUGAUGAUGACGCGGAGAUGUAUGCACAUGCUGUGGAGGCCGAGAAAAAAUUAAAGACUAAGGCAGCAGAGUCUGUAAACACGAAAAAAAAGAGAUCGAGAAAAGAUGAUGGCAAAGAAGCAGUUCCUGUGAAAAAGGUUAAGGUGGACCGUGGUGAUAAUGUGAGGAGUCCCAUUCAGCUAAGAAGCAAAGCAGCAGAGAAGAGCACCAGAGGUGAAAAGAAGCAGAAGGCACCUGCUGAGAAGAAGGCAGCUGCGGCAGCUAAGAAGAAGGCAGCUGCUGAGAAGGAGGCAGCAGCUGAGAAAGAGGCAGCAGCUGAGAAAGAGGCAGCAGCUGAAAAGGAGGCAGCAGCUGAAAAGGAGGCAGCUAAGAAGAAGGCAGCAGCUAAGAAGAAGGCAGCAGCUAAGAAGAAGCCGAAGACAAGGAAAGUAGGUAAGAAGACCGAGUGA